AUGUCGACCAAAACUUUUGUUGCGCCAAAUCUCCCAAUAAAAUCGGUUCUUUGCUUCAGAAAUCGUGCUGAAAUCCGCCGGGAAUUCGAAGUUUCCCUGGAGAAGGGCUUGAACACUGUCAUUGUUGAGGUGAGUCAGCUUGAUAUUUAUCUUGAAGGGCUUUGCAAAUGAAACUUUGAAUAAGCAUUUAAAAAAGAAGAGAGGAGCGUCAAAGGGUGAUAUGAAAUUUAUGGCAGGAGAGUGAUCGGAAAUUUGGAGUUUUAGUGAGAAAUUUUCGUUAGAUCGGCUGAAGAAAGCAAAGAGAAAAUAUGGUUUUUUAAAGGAUUCUGUUAGAGACAACUUGCAAAUAAAUUUAAAUUUGUGGUAGAUUUCAUAGAUUAAAAACCUUUUUUUCAGCGUCUCCCCGCUUCCCUCAUUUCCAACUCGAUCCGAGUUGACGGUGAAUCCUCCAAUGAACAUGCUACCCUCCGAGAUGUCCAAUACAAAGAGUCCUUCACUCCAGAAGAAGACAACUACUCCGACGAACUCAAGGCUCUGAUCAAAGACUUGGAAGACCUCAAAGAAGAACAAGCCAAGCUCAAUGACCAGGAGGCUCUCCUCGAAACUCGCUCAAAAGCCUUGGAUCGUCUCGUCGAAAACUUGAUCUGUCAGACGCCUCGAGAUUGCACAGUAAUGGUCACUGACGAAGUUGUCGACAGUUUCAAUCGGACCUUUAACUAUUACGAGACGAAGCAAGCCGAGUCUAAAGCCUCUUUGAGAGCUGUGCAGGUUGAGAAGAAAGCUUUAGACAAGAAGAUCUCCAAUUUGGAAAAACGCGUCCAUGAGCUGAAAAAUAUCGACAACUUCAAGAGAUCGGUCCAUAUCUCACUUGAUGCUGAGGAAGAUACGACAAUAACUUUGAAGCUGCAAUAUAAUGUCCAUGGAGCGAGUUGGGAGACGUCUUAUGAUUUGAGGGUUGAUACGAAGACCAAAAAAUUGUCGCUUCAUUAUUUGGCAAGCAUUCGUCAGAUGACUGGAGAGGAUUGGAACGAUGUCCUCAUAUCUUUGAGUACCAAUGAGCCCGAAGAUGCGGGGCAGUUGCCACAGUUGAACACUUUGAUCGCAAAGUUUGAGGAGAAGUUUCAAGCGUCUGGAUAUGGUGGUUUCGGGGCUGCGCCUCAGGCUGCAGUUGCAAUGUUCAAAAGUCGAGAAGUUAGUAGCGAUGAGAAUAGCUUGAGGCGGACCUUGAGGAAACAUGCAGCCACCGUGAGCAGCAGUUUGGUGGCAACCACUUAUAAUCUCCCACUGGAGAGGACCAUUCUCACCAGACACGACGAGACCAAGCUCACAAUAGCCGUGAAGACUCUCGAUUACGAUGUGGAACGUCAAGUGGUACCAUCAAAAUCAAAGACUGUCUUCUUGGUUGCCAGUGUUCUGAACUCGACCGAUCUGCAUCUGAUUGAAGGACCAGCGAAGGUCUACGUUGACAACUGUUAUGCCAACACGCUGAAUUUGAAGCAAAUCUCGCCGAAUGAGCGGUUCCAAGUUGAACUUGGAAAGGAUCCCAAUGUGAAGGUGGAAUACAAGCCAAGGGACACGUUCCAACAACAAUCGGGGAUGAUUCAGAAGAGCAAUGUCACCGCGAAUGAGCAGAAGAUCGUGUUGAAGAAUAAUAAUCAGGAGAACGUGGUGGUCACUGUGUUUGAUCAAGUGCCAAAGAGCAAUGACGAGAGGAUCAAGGUAAGUUCUUGUUUUCAUUGAGAUUGUCUUUUCUUCCAAUGUGUUCAAAAUUAUAUGUUGGUUUUUUGAAGCCUUUGUUGAAGUUUCACUGUAAUCUCCAAUUUAUUUUUUCAGGUCAAACUUGGAAUGCCUGAUAUCAAACGCGUCGAGAAGAAGGCUGGUCACAGAAAAAACGAAAUCGGCACCUUCCUCACUGAACAGAAUAUUCUGGAGUGGACUGUGGAGGUUCCAGCCGGCGGACAAUCCGAGCUUCAUAUCAAAUACAACGUGGAAUAUCCCCAAAAUGAAAACGUCGUCUACGCGGAGCAAUAUUAA